AUGAAGCGCUCACGAGAGCUUGAGGACGAGUUAGAUUCGGACGCCCUCCGAGCGGACACUAGGCCAUCAUCCACAGUCUCCCAACAGCCGGUAGCAAAGGCAGCCCAACUAGACUGCGCCAUCGAGGACGAGAACGACGAGGAAAACGCCGUCACCAUGAGAUGCUUCCUACCGCCUCACAAGGAACCCUUAACCUUCCAGUCCUACGACGAUUACGAGGUCCAUUACACCAAGUCUCACACGAAUCGAUGUCUCGAGUGUCGUAAGAACUUUCCAACCGAGCACCUGCUUGGCGUCCACAUCGAUGAGUGCCAUAAUCCCAUGGUGUUAGUUCAAAGGGAAAAGGGGGAGCACACGUACUCAUGCUUUGUCGAGGGCUGUGAACGCAAGUGUUUGACACAUCAAAAGCGGCGUAUGCACCUCAUCGACAAGCACAUGUAUCCCAAGAACUUCUUCUUCGGGGUCACAAAGGAUGGCAUCGACGGCAGGAGGUCUCUCCUCGUUGAAGGCCAUCACCGCCGUCGCUCUUCAACUAACACCCAGUCAAAAGAGUCACGACGCCGCGCGAGUCUAUUGGAAGCGGCAGGGUCACCAACACAGACAGAGUCACAGGCAGGAGAGCCGACGCCCAAGUCAACACCAACUAAGAAGACUGGGAAGUCACCAGAGAAGGUAUCAAACAGCGAUGACCCAGUGGACACGGACAUGGCAGAUCUUACGGGGGCCAUGUCGGCACUGAACUUUGUUCCCCCAAGUGUCCGGUUCGGGAGAGGUAGGGCAGGUUUCUCCAAAAGAUAG